AUGUCCACCGUUCUUCCCCAUGACGAUGCCCCGAUCCCCGGCCAGCGCUUUGCGUGCAUCUCGAUGGUAUCUCCGCUGAACCCCCGAAACAAGUGCAGCAUCCAAGCGUUCAAGCUGCGGGGAGUGACCGAUACCCUGGACGAUGCAAAGUCGCUGGCCCACGCCAUUCGCAACACGGACCCUUCCUUCGACGUCUUUGUGAUGCCGGUGGGCCGCUGGGUCCCGUGGGUGGACAAUCCGCUCGAAGUCCCCGACGUCAACUAUGUGCAGUCGCAGCUGACCGAGCUGAUCAACGAGCACAAGAAGCAUGUGAAGGAGUCGACCAAGGCCUUCAACGAGCACAUCGAAGCGCUCAAGUCCACGACGGGGCCGAUCCCAGUCCCUCCCGAGAAGGAGACGGUGUCUCUGUGGUUCGACAUCAAGCGUCUGGCGUCUGUGCUGGAGUAUCGCCAGCGCGAGCUGGAAGGCAUGAUCGAGCGGUACAAUGAGAUGCCGGAUGAGGAGCGGAAGCACGCCGAGUCACUGCCACUCCCCGCAUUCGAGAUCGCACCAUUCAAGCCCCCUGCCUUUGAAGCUCCGCCUGAAGACAACGGGGCACACGACCAGAUCAUGUCUUCCUCGUUCAUCUACAAUCGCCAGCCAUCGCCCAUCCUGUUCGAGUCCCCGCCUACCCCGGACACCAGGGGCUCCGUCGGCAAGGCCAAGCGCAUCAAGCUCGAGCGCACCGACACGGCCAGCGCACGAUUCAACGACUUGCUCGAUUUCGUUGACGACCAGUCCUGCGAUCUCAACGACGACAUCGUCGAGGCAAAGUUUGCCUUGACGACUUCUUCAGUCCCGAUCGACUCGAACCGGGUGUACAAGCGAAUCUUUGGCCUCUACACCGACGCCGCCUCGGAGAUCCUCCUGAACAAGAACAUGUCGGCCGCUCGGUUCAACCAGCUGCACACGUUGAUGCAGGAACUGAGGGGCUGGCUGGGUGCGCCAAAGACGGAGGAGGAUGACGGGGUGAUGUAAUGUGCUGGACGGCUGUACUCCCCGCUACACGAUGGUGGUGUGGGAGAUAUUGGAUAUCUAAUACACAGCCCACUCCAUGGCUAAUGC